UAUAUUAUCUAAACCACAAGGACGAAAAUCGUAAAUUUUAACAAAAAACAGGGACAAAAACAUAACUUUACUCUAUGAAUAAUUCUUGCUGCCAAGACCUGGCAAACAAGCACAGCAACUCAUGCACACAUGUCAUCCCCUUAAACACCUCACUGCAUUCAUAUACAUCAAACAGAAGCACCUAAACAUAGACCCAAGAUUACCAAAUACAAAAAACCAUCGUUUCUCUGAUGGCUUCCAGCGAUAAAGCUCCCGAUGUGAUGCCGGUGGGCGACGGAUCAGUCCCGCCGGGAAAACCCAUGACGGUGGGGCAACAAGUUAUCGACAAAAGUUCCCAGUUGAUGCAAACCUUAAAACCCAUCAAGAACAUGAGCCUGCAUGUGUGCACCUUCGCUCUCUACGGUCAUGAUAUGAGUCGCCAGAUCGAAACUCAUCACUACGUCACCCGCCUCAACCAGGAUUUCCUUCAGUGUGCCGUUUAUGACUCCGAUGAUCCCUCCGCUCGUCUUAUAGGGGUGGAAUACAUUGUGUCUGAUAGGAUCUUUGAUACUUUGGCGACUGAUGAACAGAAGCUGUGGCAUUCCCAUGAUCAUGAGGUUACAUCAGGAUUGUGGAUAAAUCCAGGUGUUCCGGAGAGGAUUCAGAGGCCUGAGGUUGAAAAUAUUACACAUACUUAUGGAAAGUUUUGGUGCACUUGGCAAGUAGAUAGAGGAGAUCGGCUUCCUCUUGGUGCACCAGCGCUAAUGAUGUCGCCACAAUUAGUAAAUAUGGGAGUUAUAAAACCGGACCUUGUCAAAUUGAGGGACAACAAGUACAAGAUAUCGACCGAUGAGCUUAGGGCAUCGAGGGCUAACAUUCCUGUAUCGAAGCCGGGGAUCGCAAGGGCAUCGGAUUAUUGGAUGCAAACUGGGAAGGGUUUUGCAGUGGAUAUUAAACCUGCAGAAAUGAAAAGUGUAGGAGGGGUGGUGCUUCCAAACCUGGUUUAAAUUCUUUUCUGCUAAUUUGUACUGCAAUUGCCUCGAUUUUACGAUGUUUUUGUGACGGGUCGAAUCGUUCUCGCUCUUUUAUAUAUGUUCGUGUCGUAUAUACCCUUGUUCUUUAAAUAUAAAACUUCUUCGUUAGCGAUACAAUUUGUGAGCCAGAUCUAGACCCAUGAAAAAUUAAAACCUCGACUUAGUGAGCCUAAAGCUCAAUCCAAGCUAGACAUCCUCAAAAGCCCGAUCAGGCCAAAACGCUAGGCCCGAUCGAGAACCUAAAAAAAAGCCCGAUUAAACGUCCGACGAAAAUGAUAAACCUAAAAAGCCUGGUUAAACCUAGAAAAGCCUGAUCCUCUUUGAACCCAAGCCCAGCCAUUUUUCCUCAAUGAAAAUGGGCUCAGAGUCUAAGAUCCGAAA